AUGGGUAUUAGCGACAUGAUCGCGCAACUGGCGAUCGAGAAGCGAUCGUUCAAGGAUUACAAUCUGUCAAGGACUGCUCGCUAUAGUGCGAUUGGUUUGUUUGUCUGUGGACCGUUGUUGCGUCGUUGGUACAUCAAGCUGGACACUUUGGUGUCCAAGGAUCAGCCCGCUUUGCAGCGUAGUCUCAAGAAAAUGUUUGUGGAUCAGACGUGCUUUGCUCCACCAUUUACUUUGUUGCUGUCGUAUCUGGUGCCAUUGGUGAACGGCGAGCGGCACGCAGAUAUUGUGCAACGUAUACGUGAACAGUAUUUUACGAUCUUGCAACGCGGCUACAUGCUGUGGCCCUUGGCACAAUUGAUUAAUUUCACUCUAAUACCCAUCAGCUAUCAGGUGUUGUAUGUGCAGCUGACUUUACUCAUUUGGAAUUGCUAUUUGUCCAUUGCGUUGAAUGAGAAAAAGUGA